AUGGAAGAAGAUCUUCCCUCUGCAGACUCUCCGCAGCUCGCACGACGGAAGGGGAGGCUCCGUAGACGUCUUCAUAGUGACGAUGAGAGUGGUGAAGAAGUUGCAUCUUCUUCCUUAAUAAAUUCAGGUGUACGUACACCUGAACGUCAACAAGUGACACCUGGUAACAGCAGCAGCAACACCUCCUCGUCUCCUGAAGGAGACCAGCUGCCUGUACACUCGAAGGACGAGGACUCACAGCAGCAGCAGCAGCAGCAACAGCAGCAGCAGGAAGAGGCAAAAACGCCUUCUCCUCUUUUGCAGCGUUUACGACUACGACAACGACAGGAUGAUGAUGACGAAGAAGAUGAUUCUUCUUUAGUUAAUUCAUCUAAUUCAUCUUCUUCUUUAUUAAAAAAUAAAGAAGAAAAUAAACAAAAGAAAGAAAAAGGAAAAAAAUUAAAUUGGAGUUCUUCUAGUGGUUCAUCAUCAUCUGAUGAGGCAACAAACAGUGACAGCAGCAGCGCCUCCCUUCCUUCCGCCAGCAGCACCGAAGAAGAAAGCGAUGAUGACGAUCGUUCUUCUCUCUCUCCUCGUAGCGAUAUAUCAGCAGCAGCAGCAGCAGAAGGAGCAGCAGCAGCAGCAGCAGAAGCAGCAAUUACCUUUGAGGAAGCAGUAGAUUGGUGUCUUAAUUGGAUAACUACACAAAGACAAUGGGCAAUAUCUAAUACAACAGAAGAACAAAGAAAGGCAGAAAUUGCUCUAUGGGAUGAUGAACUCACCAGAGGAGGAACACGUCCUUUUAUAGAAGGAUUUAGUUGUGAGUCCCGUCUUCCUCUUAAGGCGCAAAUGUUAACAGCAAAAACAAAAGAAGAAAAAAAAAUCGUCUUUUUAGAUUAUCCUAACGAAAUCUAUCAAACAGAAUUCUUACACCUGUAA